AUAAGCAUAUUGAAAUUAAAGAACACCAAAAAGCUAUAGAAAAAUAUACAAGACGUCAACCUGAUCUUCUAGAUAUAAUGAGUAGUUUUACAAUACAAACUGGAGUUAAUAAAUUAGAUAUUAUUGCUAAAAUGUAUUAUGUUUAUUUAUGUGCAAAAAAGCAUAUUGCAAUUGAAGUAUUUUUUGAUUUAAUUGAAUUAACCAAUUUACAAUUUCAAAAUAAAUUAGAAUUAAUAUAUAACAAAUCUCCAAUUAUAGUUUCACAUCCUAUUUUUGGUCCAAAAAGAGUUUUUUUAGAUACUAUAUCUGAACCAAUUUUAAAUAACCAAGUAUCUAAUUAUGCUAUAUAUAACAAUUCAAAAGCCGGAGCUGAUUUUUUACAUGCUAUUGCUAUGGUAAUUGAAGAUAUUUUAGCUGAACAUGUAGUAGAAAAUAUACCAGUUCUUCAAUAUUUGGAAUUAAUUGAACUAGGUGAAACAAAUGCAGAAGCUAUUACAAAUAAUUUAAAAAAUUUUUUUAUUGCUAAAAUGCUUAAUACACAAAAAUUAAUACAUUUUGGCAGUGAUGGUGCUA